CCGGGGAGCAGCGGGGCGGCCGGCGUCCACAGAGCUGCAGGAGCCCGCCGCGCGGCGCCGGGCGCGCCAAGGUCCGCAACAGCCCGGGCGCUGCCCUCUGCCGGCGUGCAGCCCGCGGCCCCUGGCCUCAGGCACCAUGGACACCUCCCGGAUUGGCGUGCUCCUGUCCUUGCCCGUCCUGCUACAGCUGGCGGCGGCCGGGGGCGACUCGCCGCUGCCGCCGCGGGGCUGUCCCCCACACUGUGCGUGCGAGCCCGACGGCAGGAUGCUGCUCAGGGUGGACUGCUCCGACCUGGGGCUCUCGGAGCUGCCCUCCAACCUCAGCGUCUUCACCUCCUACCUAGACCUGAGUAUGAACAACAUCAGUCAGCUGCCCCCGAGUCCCCUGCACAGUCUCCGCUUCCUCGAGGAAUUACGGCUGGCCGGAAACGCUUUGACAUACAUCCCCAAGGGAGCAUUUGCUGGCCUUCACAGUCUCAAAGUUCUCAUGCUGCAGAACAAUCAGCUAAGGCAGGUACCCACAGAAGCACUGCAGAACUUGCGAAGCCUUCAGUCGCUGCGUCUGGAUGCCAACCACAUCAGCUACGUGCCUCCCAGCUGUUUCAGAGGCCUACACUCUCUGAGGCACCUGUGGCUGGAUGACAACGAUUUGACAGAAAUUCCUGUCCAGGCUUUCAGAAGUUUAUCGGCAUUGCAGGCCAUGACCUUGGCCCUGAACAAAAUACACCACAUACCAGACUAUGCCUUUGGGAACCUCUCCAGCUUGGUAGUUCUGCAUCUCCAUAACAAUAGAAUCCACUCCCUGGGAAAGAAAUGCUUUGAUGGACUCCACAGCCUAGAGACUUUAGAUUUAAAUUACAAUAACCUUGAUGAAUUUCCCACUGCAAUCAGAACACUCGCCAAUCUCAAAGAACUAGGAUUUCACAGCAACAAUAUCAGGUCGAUACCCGAGAAAGCAUUUGCAGGGAAUCCUUCUCUUAUUACAAUACAUUUCUAUGACAAUCCCAUUCAAUUUGUUGGAAGGUCUGCUUUUCAACAGUUACCUGAACUAAGAACACUGACCUUGAAUGGAGCCUCACACAUAACUGAAUUUCCUGAUUUAACCGGAACCGCGAACCUGGAGAGCCUGACUUUAACCGGAGCCCAGAUCUCCUCUCUUCCUCAAACCGUCUGUGACCAGUUACCUAAUCUCCAAGUGCUAGAUCUGUCGUACAACCUGUUAGAGGACCUACCCAGUUUUUCAGUCUGCCAGAAGCUCCAGAAAAUGGACCUACGGCAUAAUGCAAUCUAUGAAAUCAGAUCUGAUGCUUUCCAGCAGCUGCUAAGCCUGCGGUCCCUGAAUUUAGCUUGGAACAAAAUUACCAUUAUUCAUCCCAAAGCAUUUUCUACUUUGCCAUCUCUGAUAAAGCUGGAUCUAUCGUCCAACCUCUUGUCAUCUUUUCCUGUAACUGGGUUACAUGGUUUAACUCACUUAAAAUUAACAGGAAAUAAUGACUUACAGAACUUGAUAUCAUCUGAAAACUUUCCAGAACUCAAGGUUAUAGAAAUGCCGUAUGCAUAUCAGUGCUGCGCUUUUGGAAUGUGUGAAAACGUCUAUAAAAUUUCUAACCAGUGGAAUAAAGGUGACAAUGGCAGUGUGGAUGACCUGCAUAAAAAAGAUACAGGGAUGUUUCAGGUUCAAGAUGAGCGUGACCUUGAAGACUUCCUGCUUGACUUUGAGGAAGAUCUGAAAGCCCUUCACUCCGUGCAGUGUUCACCCUCCCCAGGUCCCUUCAAGCCUUGUGAGCACCUCUUUGGAAGCUGGCUGGUCAGAAUCGGAGUGUGGACCAUAGCAGUCCUGGCACUGUCUUGUAAUGCGUUGGUGGCCUCAACAGUGUUUAGAUCCCUUCUGUACACUUCCUCCGUAAAACUCUUGAUUGGGGUUAUCGCCACGGUGAACAUGCUUACGGGGCUCUCCAGCGCUGUGCUGGCUGGAGUGGAUGCGUUCACUUUUGGCAGCUUUGCCCAGCACGGAGCCUGGUGGGAGAAAGGGCUCGGGUGCCAAGUCCUUGGAUUUUUGUCCAUCUUUGCCUCCGAAUCCUCUGUGUUUCUGCUCACCGUGGCAGCGCUGGAGCGCGGGUGCUCUGUCAAGUGUCCUGCGAACUUUGAAAUGAAAACUCCCUUUUCCAACCUGAAAGCCAUCAUUUGGCUCUGCACCCUGCUGGCCCUGGCCGUGGCCUCGGUUCCCCUGCUGGGUGGCAGUGAGUACAGUGCCUCUCCACUCUGCCUGCCCCUGCCCUUUGGGGAGCCCAGCACCACGGGCUUCGUGGUGGCUUUGGUGUUGCUCAACUCCCUUUGCUUCCUGGUGAUGACCAUCGCCUACACCAAGCUCUACUGCAGUUUGGAGAAGGGAGAUCUUGAGAAUACUUGGGACUGCUCCAUGGUGAAGCACGUUGCCUUGCUGCUUUUUGCCAACUGUAUCCUCUACUGCCCUGUGGCUUUCUUGUCCUUCUCUUCUUUACUAAACCUCACAUUUAUCAGUCCUGAAAUCAUUAAGUUUAUCCUUCUGGUGAUCGUCCCACUUCCUGCCUGCCUGAACCCCCUUCUCUACAUCCUCUUCAAUCCGCAUUUUAAGGAGGAUCUGGGGCGCCUGGGAAAGCACUCCCCCUGGUGGACAAGACCGAAACACCCCAGCCUGAUGUCUAUUAACUCUGACGAUGUGGAGAAACAGUCGUGUGACUCAACCCAAGCCCUGGUCACCUUCACCAGCGCCAGCAUAGCCUACGACCUGCCUUCCAAUUCUGCGUCAUCACCAGCAUACCCAAUGACUGAGAGCUGUCAUCUUUCUUCAGUAGCAUUUGUCCCUUGUCUCUAAGUAAUUCGUGAGGAAAAAAAAAGUUCUCAAAUGUGAGGUUGAGCACAUCAGGGCGGUAGCAAAGGAGAGCUGCGUGGAAACUUGAUUUAAAAAACAAACCGACACAACUAAGUGUGAAAAAGCCAAAAGCCUAACGAUGCAUGAGAGUGAGAUGUAAGUCUAAAUGCUGCUUGAAUAAUUUGUUCAGCUAAGUCACAACAUCUAGAUGGACCCCAAGCAAGAGAACAGAUUGAAAUGCUCUUCAGAAAUGGAUCUCCAGUUUUCAUUGCAUUCUCUACAAACUCACCAAUGUAAUUAAUAAUUUGGAGGAGAGGAGGUUCACAUGCUUACAAAAUGAAUUGAUUUAAAUCUGGAAACCCCUUCAAAGAAGGCGGGAGAUAUGAGGAAAACAAGGGUUUGCAAUGGCCAGGCGUGCUCAGUGCGCGCUGUGGCUGGUA